UAGGGAAGAUCCCCUGGAGAAGGGCAUGGCCACACACUCCAGUAUUCUAGCCUGGAGAAUCCCAUGGACAGAGGAGCCUGGUGGACUCCAAUCAUGGGGUCACAAAGAGUUGGACGUGCUGAAGUGACUUAGCACGCACGCAUGCAAAGUCCUUCAAACUGUUGUCCGGUGUGCAGGUGUAAGAGAUUGCUGACUCCCUCCCUCGCCAAGGACUCAACCAUUUUGAGCAAACCUGCCGGUGACACUCCCCAGGGAGUCCAGAAGAGACCAAGAAGUUGUCAGGGAGAUGCAGAAACCAUGUCUUCACCUUGCACAGGGGCCUCCCUACAAACUGCCCAGAACCCCAUGAAGCAACAGCAGGGGCUGAGGCAAGUCCACCUCACGCCCUGGGAGGAGGGCAGGGAUGCGGCGGGUCAGGAAGACUCCUGGUUGAGCCUUUGCAUCAGGGCCCAGGCUGAGCAUAAAAGGAGGGUCCCUCACCUGGGAGGAGGCAGACUGGGGACCAUGCAGACCCAAAGGGCCAUCCUCGUGCUGGGGCGGUGGUCACUGUGGCUUCUGCUGCUGGGGCUUGUGGUGUCCUCGACCAGCGCCCAGGACCUCAGCUACAGGGAAGCCGUGCUUCGUGCUGUGGAUCAGCUCAAUGAGCGGUCUUCAGAAGCUAAUCUCUACCGCCUCCUGGAGCUAGAACCACCUCCCAAGGAUGAUGCAGAUCUGGGCACUCGAAAGCCUGUGAGCUUCACGGUGAAGGAGACUGUGUGCCCCAGGACGACUCAGCAGCCUGCGGAGCAGUGUGACUUCAAGGAGGAAGGGCGGGUGAAACAGUGUGUGGGGACAGUCACCCUGGACCCGUCCAAUGACCAGUUUGACCUAAACUGUAAUGCGCUCCAGAGUGUCAGGAUACGCUUUCCAUGGCCAUGGCGAUGGCCAUGGUGGCCCAGAUUCCGAGGUUGAUGGACAAGAACUGUUGGAUCCCGAGCCUGGGGAAGAGUCCUAAGUGUCUGAUUUGUUCAGAUUCAGGCUUCUGGACAGUGAAAAUAAAUUCUUGUGAAAACAGGUUC